AUGGCUGCGGCGGCUUGGCUGCAUGGCCCCAACGGUGUGCGGCUGACCGAGGGUCUGGCGUCGGCGCUGAGAGAGGACCGAGCCGAACACCUGCCCGCGCUGUUGGCGGACUAUCGCGAGCACGGCGUGGUCGCGACGCACCACUCCGGGCCGUGGGCGGUCUCGCUGGGGAUCAGCAAUGCCCGGCUCGGGUCAGCAAGACGAGGUUUUGAGGGUCUGUGUUUGUUGUCUAUGUUGGUGAAGGACAGCUCGAGUGAAGUCUUCCAGCAGCACUGUCUCUCGUUACGCACUCUACAACAGAUUAUCCAGUCGCAAGCCCCCCUGCCCACGGUUCAGCUGGCGGUGAGCGUGCUGUCUGACCUGCUGCAGUACUCCUCCCAGCUGCCCGAGCUGGCCAGAGAGGUGGGCCUCAACUCUGUGCUGGGGAUCCUCACCUCCCUGCUGGGCCUCAAGUCUGAGUGCCACCUAGCUGCCAUGGAGGGAAUGAUGGCUUGUAUGACCUAUUACCCACGAGCAUGUGGCUCACUGAAGGAAAAGCUAGGAGUUUACUUCCUGUCUAAGAUGGACUCUGACAACCCAAAAGUACAAGAAGUUGCUUGUGAAUGUUACGGACGGCUGCCUUGCCUCGGAGGUGUGCUUGAGCGUGGGGGAGGUGGACGCAGGGCUGAGGGAUGGACCAAUCAGGUGCACUGUCUGCUAGCAUCAGCUAAUAACAUCCUGGGACAAUUGUACCAGGGCAUAGAGACAGAAGAGACUGUACAGUAUGAGGGACCAGGAGUAGAGCUGCCUUUUCCACCGAUCGACGACAUCGAUCCACUCUUGAUUCUUCAACUUCGUCAUCGCUACAGAGCUGUGUGUCUCGCUCUCAGACAUACACUUGGUGUUGAUCCGGCAACCUCGGUGCGUCUUUCUGUUCAGCAUGUCCUUAACCUGGUGUGUCGUGCCCUGGCUGUUAGCAUUAAGAGCAUUAAUGCCACAGGUGAAGGCUGCUUGAAGCUGCUGGUUUUGCCUUCAAUACACAGCGACUCCCUGGAGCUGCUCUCCGCACUAAUCAAAGCUGUGCGCAGUGGCCUGGUGCGGUAUUGUAGCGUGCUCAACAGGCUCUUCUCUCAGUCACUGUCAACAUGGGCAUCACUCCCAGAGGCCAGCCUGGGCCAGCAGAGAUCAUACAGUGCUGUGCGAGUGACCCUAUACCAUACACUAGAAUUGUGGGUGCGUGUGGGUGGAGCCUCUGCCUCAGUACUGCAGGGAAGCACCUCCCACUCAGAGCUGCUCUUCACUCACCUCCUGGGUGACAUUACGCCAGGAACCGAGGCUGUCAAACUUCGUGCGGGACAGCCAGCCAUGCCGGACCUGGUCGGCACCGCUGCAAAGGCGGGACCUCGGCGGACUAAAGGACUGGGCAUUGGAGAGCCAGGUUGUAUUUCACUGCAAAGGAAAGGUGAUGCCCUAGCAAAUCAGGACACAUGCUUUGCUGCUCUUCAAGCCCUUAGACAAAUUGUUUUGACUAGCGGCACUCUGUUGAAAGAAGAUCUACACAAGAGGCUGCAGGACCUGGUGGUGCCCCUGUGCGUGCGGCUGCAGCAGCAGGCUCAGUGCGGCGCAGAGAAAGGCAGCGUCAGCGGCCAGUAUGGCGGCGCGCUGCCCCGGCGGGAGCUCUACCGCCUCCUGCUGGCCCUGGUGCUCGUACCCUCCCCGCGCUGGCCCCCGCCACUCUCCUGUGCGGUGUCCGUGUUCAGCCAGGGCCGCCGAGAUCGAAACAUCGUGGUUUCUUCAUUCUGUGCUGAGGCCUUGACUAUAUGCAAUACUCUGCUUCACCCACGUACCCCCUCCAUCUCCCUGCCUCUCCCGCCCCUUACUCUCAAGCCAACCCCAUCUGCACCUGUCCAUGCCCCCACCCAGAACCCCUCGCUCUCCGUCCCGACCCUUCUGGGGGCCCCUGCACCAGGCCCUUCCUUUCCUGCCAGACAUCCUCUGGGGUUGGGCCCUGCUGCUCUCCUAGGCUCCCUGGAGAACCAUCUCCCCAUGGUUCCUCCUGUUCUCCCCACCCCGGCUGGUGCCAGUGGGCCCCCAGGUGACCUGCUCCUCUCUCCAACCCAGCCUGCUGAACUGGCAGGCCUUGGGGCCCCAGAAGGCCAACGGCAGGUGUUCGUUCGCUAUGACAAAGAGGAGCCUGAGGAUGUGGAGAUCUCUCUUGAGAGCGAUUCGGACGAUAGCGUAGUCAUCAUGCCAGAAGGAAUGAUGCUGGAGAUGCAGGAGGGAGCGGUCAAUCCACAGACUCUCGCGCCGCCACCAGGGGGCGCCAUGCCUGCACCCGCUGCUGGAGUGGUGGGCGAAGCUGGGACAGUGGAAACUGCGCUCCCUAAUGAGCUUCCCACAUCCAUUUCCCAUCAGAUCCUGCCAUCCGAUGCCAACAAUAUCAACUCCUUCCCUGGACCCAGCCAGGGAGAGCAACUCGCCUCUCUGGUGCCAUCUCUGAACUCUAAUGCUGUGCCGCUCACGGCACCCCCUGGUGGCCUGGGGAACUCCUUGCCAGCAGCUCCACAGCUUCAGCAGAUGCUAUUGCAGCCUUCGCCAGGAGGACAGGCAGCCCAGCUGACCCUGUCCUUACACAUGCAGCUACAGAACCAGCUGGCCCAAACAAGCCGCCAGCUCCAACAGCAGCAGCAACCUGCCGGUGCAGAGGAGGACCAGAACGUCAUCAACAUCAACAGCUCAGACGACGACGAAGAGGAGGAUGAUGAGGGCAUAGAGGAUGAAGAGGAACUGGGAGAAGAGGAGGAAGAGGAGGAAGCUCUGGAGGAGGAUGAGGAGGAAGAAGGAAGUGAUUUCCAUGAUGAUGAUAUAUACACAGAGUAUCAUGAUUUUGAUAUGCAAGAGGAAGAGGGGGAAGAGAUAGAAGAUGAGGAGGAGGAAGAGGAGGAGGAAGAGGAGGAGGAAGAGGAGGAUGAAGAAGAGAUCCCUUUGGAUGGGGACAACCGCCGAGGCGUGAUGGCAGAAGAGCAGGGAGUGGUGAUGAUUGAAGAGCAAGAAGAGGGAGGCAUGGGCGCUUUCCAUGUGGAAAGGGAGAGACAGGUGGAAGGAGGGAUAGAGGAAAUGGAGGCCGUGAGAAGCGUCUGUGGGGAGGAAGGGAUGAAGGACAAAGGGGCCGUGGAAGAGAUUGAGAACAUUGGCGCCGUGGAAGGGAACGAGAGCCUGGCCCCUGAGCAGCAAAUAGAGACGCACGUGAUUGGCGAAGACGCCGAGCAGCCGGAAGAGAGCGCCCCCGCCAAAGCCGUGGAGCAGGAGGAGAGGCCGUGGGUGCAAGAAGAGAGCGCGCCAGAGCCGUCGGCAGCACCGGAGGAUACCGGGAUGCCUCGGGAGGAUCAGGAGGUCACUGUAGAGGGCGGAGUUAAUGAGGAAAGUGCAGGGGGAGAGCAAGACGUGGCACCCGACCAAAGUGCGGUGUCUACAUCGGGAGAAGCUGCACCACAGCAAGGAGACGAGGAGCCUGGGGAGAAGGCCAAGGGCGAAGAGGAGCAGGCGGGAGCGCUGGAGGAGGAGGAGGAGGAGGAGGAGGAGGCACGAGGAACAAAGAGAAAGAUAGAAGAUGUGGAGGAAGCAGAGGCCUCUGAACAGGGUAGUGAGAAUAAGCGAGAUGAAAUGAUGGCUUCCAUGCUGGCUGACUUUGUGGACUGCCCUCCAGAUGACGAGGACCAUGGUGCCUCACAGUCCCAUUCCUAGAGCACCAACAUCUCCAGAACACAUCAUUCAUUUGGUCUCCACGUAGACUUUCUUUCCCAGAGAGCAACAGAUUCCUAAGGGGCUUGCAUCAAGAUUUGCGCACAGAUAUGUGUCACUAAAACUUGUACUUUUUUUUUUUUUUUAUCUGUGAUGAUUAUUUUAGAUUUUCCUUAAUGGAUCGUACAGAGUGAUGCAGUCAUGGUCUUGCUUGUGAUGUCAUUAAAGAUUUACUCUUU